AUUUAUAUUUGUGAUGAGAAUUCUGGGACUAGGAUUAAAAGGCGCAGCUAAAUUUUGUGGCUUGAUGGACAUGCCUGCUUUUUUAACGCAAAACACUUAUGAUUUGAUUAUUGACAACAUUCACUCUUGUGUGAAAGUAGCAGCUGAAAAACUAUUUGAAAAAGCCUGUACCGAGGAAAAAGAAGCGACUGCUGAAAACCAAGGUGAUGAAAAUAAUGAAGAAUUAACAGUUUCGGAUGAUGGAACCUGGAAGAAGCGAGGGUUCAAUUCUUUGUAUGGAGCGACAUCAUUGAUUGGAUAUUACACUGGAAAAAUCAUUGAUAUAAUUGUUAAAAGUUUAUACUGUGAACCGUGUGAGGUUUGGAAACCUAAAAAAGGUACUGAAGAGUAUAAUGAUUGGUAUAAUGAACACAAAGAUGCUUGUUCUGCAAAUCACCAGGGCUCUUCAGGUAAAAUAGAAGUCGAUGCGGUUAUUGAAAUAUUUAAGCGUUCAAUAGAAUAAUUCAAAGUUCGUUAUAGAAACUAUAUAGGUGAUGGCGAUUCAAAAACAUAUUCUGCGAUUCUGAAAGCUGCUCCUUACGGUGAAGUUGAAGUUGUCAAAAAAGAAUGCAUCGGUCAUGUUCAAAAGAGAAUGGGUUCACGACUCCGCGAGCUAGUAAACAAAAAUAUAGAAACAGUUGAAAAAGGGAAAGGUAAACUCACGGCUAAGGUAAUAGAUAAGCUGACAGUUUACUAUGGUUUGGCAAUAAGGAGAAAUUGUGAUUCUGUGGAUAAUAUGCGUAAUGCAAUUUGGGGAACAUAUUAUCACUAUUGUUCGACUGAUGAGAAGCCUCAACACGAAAUGUGCCCAGGUGGAGAAGGUUCAUGGUGUAGUUGGCAACAAGCGCUAGCAACAGACACAUUAUCUUCUUACACCCAUGAUUAUCCAACUUUACCAGCUGAUGUUGCUGAAACUAUAUAUCCAAUUUAUGAAGACCUUAGCAACGUUAAAUUAUUGGAAAGGUGUGUUGGUGGAUUUACACAAAACGAUAAUGAGAGUUAUAAUCAGUUAAUAUGGAAAAUAACUCCAAAAAUUGUUCCAUGUGGCUCUAAAAUUGUUGAAAUAGCGGCUUACAUUGCAGCUGGAAUGGUUAAUGAAGGUACAAAAUCAUUAUUGUACUUUAUGAGUGCAUUAGGACUUUCAUUAGGCACCGCAGCUCAUGCUUAUGUCGAUAAAGAGGACGCAGAGCGCGUGAUGAUCUCCAACGCGAGAGCGCAUGGGAGCACGCGAGAAGGAAGAAUGGCUCGACGACAACACCAGCUGGACUUAUUAGAAGCUACCGGUACUGCAGAAGGUCUCUCUUAUGGCCCUGAAAUAGAUGAUACCAUAUAAUCCAAACCGCCGAAAUAGAAAUCACCGCCAAGCGCCUUUUUUUGGAGGUCGUUUGGGACAUCAUCUACAAGAGCGGUGCACAUCAAUAUUUUUACAUGAUCGACGCGCUAUUGUAUUUUUAAAAGUUAUAAUAACUGAAUGUGACCUUGAAGUACUUAGUGGACCUAUUAUACUCGCCUUCUACGAUAAAACACAGUAGAAAAAGAAACCUCAGGUAGCGCGUGCAGUGAGUGCAGCUGCUAUUCCGGUUCUUACUCUACCUGCUUUCUAACACUCUGAUGUGGCCUUACAAAUUCAGGUAUAUCUCCGAAAAUAUUUAUCGGAAUAGCUUCAAAUUUUUAGAGAAUAUACUUAAAUAUAUGUACAUUUUGAAAAUGCAAAAAAAAAAUCGAUUUUUUGAAAAUUCUAACUGCGUGUAACCCUUUAAAAGAGAAGAAUGCAACGCAGGUUGUGGUGAUAAGAAUUAAUGAUAUUUAUGAUGAAACUUGAAAUAUAUUUUAUAAUAUUUUAUAAAUGA